UCCUAAGUACUUUCAGGUGGCAACUAUGGAUACUGAUGAAAAAAGUCCAGGAUUCACGAUUUCAUGCGAAAAUCCUGUUUUUGCAUCCAAAAUGCAUGAAAUUUUUUCUGGAAUUGAUUCUUCAGCCUCUAACAUGAUAUCUUCAGAUAGUGCGAUUGAAUCUGAUGAUAGUGAACAAGAUGACAAUGACUGCAGGAUUAAAAAGGUCAGCAACAAUAAAUCUAAAGCUCUGAUAAAGCCUCCCAAGCCUGACUUCUUAGUCAAUCCAUCUCGUUAUACGAAAUACAGCUUGAGGGACACAGAGCUGAGUGACAAUAAAAGCAAUACACAAAUUGCUUUCCAAUUUUUACGUGAACUAAGUAAUAAAGAAGAUUCUAUCACUGGAAUUGAAUGCUCUGUUACAUCGAAACAGCACGUUUUUAAAAUGCCAGAGCAUGCAGCUGGUGUGCCGAAUGAAAAUAAGAGGAAAACAGACUCGAAACCAAACAUAAAUAGUGAUGAAAUUCUGUGCGAUAAAGUUGAACUUGAUCAUUUAGAAGAAAAUAUCUCAGCUGCCGAAUUUGCUAGUGAAAUAGCAGCAAAAUUAGAUGAUUCAAUUUCAAGACUCAACCCUGUUGACAAUGAUGAUGCUUCUUCAUCUUCAAGUGGAAAACAUCAAUUUAAAUCUAUUAAUAAAAAAAACAGAAGACAUUUGCGUAAUAAGAGUCAUGAUGACAGUUGAAUUCUAUUUAUAUUCAAAAUUGUCAUAAAUAACAACACUGAGAAUCUGAAAGGUUGAAUUGGUAUUUUGUAAUGUAUGGUUCUUAUUCCAUAUCUAUAACAUGGAAUUUGUUCCUGAUAAAUUUAGAUAGCAAAUAUUUCAAAAUAUAAGAUUGAAUUAAUGUUCAAAACAAUGAAUUAUUUCUCGCUUUCAUUAUAUGAAUUAUCUCUUACAUUUAUGUUCUGAUGUUCGAAGUACAUCGUGUAGGCUAUCUCUGAUAAAUUAAUUUCUGUUUAUUCAAUUCGUAAGAAAUAAUUAGUAACAACAAAGCGUAAAAAUUAUCAAAUCUGGUCUAAAUAAUUUUUUUUUGUUAACAUUUUCUUUAUUGCAAAUCACUGUUUUUCAG